CGUCAUCGUUAGUGCUGCUUGCAGAAUAGUAGUGAUCCCUUCCUACUGCCGAACAGUAAACAUUGGGACCACAAGCGUCUACGUGUGCAAAUUUCUAACUAAUUUGUUUUACGUUUAAAUGAGCAAAUACCAGCAGCAAAAAUAAAACAUCUGACUGGCUGGUGGACCAAAAAUUAAAUGUAAUGACCUGCACUGCAAUGGCAAUUGACUGGCUUGGAUUUGGCUAUGCUGCAGCCAUAGCCCUAGGGGGAUUCAUGGGGUACAAGAAAAAAGGUAGUGUCAUGUCACUGAUAGCUGGGAUAUUGUUUGGCAGCAUGGCCGCCUAUGGGGCCUUAAUGAUUUCAUAUGACCCAACCAAGACGUUCUACUCCCUCGUUGCCUCAGGAGCGCUGACAAUAGUGAUGGGAAUGAGAUUCAAGAAAUCUGGGAAAAUAAUGCCAGCUGGCAUCAUGGCAGGACUAAGUUUGCUGAUGGUCCUGCGACUUCUCUUCAUGGGCAUGAUUGUAAUGUGAUUUGAACAACACAACUGUCUAAAGUGAGACUGAAAAUAUCACUGCAAGGGAUGAAGUUCCAUUUGCACAUUGUUUGUGCUUGCCAAAAUUGUUUUUGUAAUGAUUUGUUCAAUGAAUAUGGGAACAGAAAUACAGUAACAUUUACUAUUUGAUCUGAAUAAAUGUUAUAGCACUGAAGGUAUGACUACUUAAUUAGUUUGACAAUCAUGUUUAGCUGCCUCACUGUAAAUAACCUAAUAACUGUUUGAUAUAAAUUAUGGAAUAGCUCAGAACAGACAUGUAGUGUUUAAUUACAGCUGAUAUUUUGUUUAACAGCC